AUGAGUAAACCUCGGUCAAAGUCGAAGCAACCUAACCUCGAAGAGGAUCCAGACAAAACGGCGUACAACUGUGCGAUUUGUACUCGGCCGGAUCACGAAGACACACAUAUGGUUUGCUGUGAUCAUUGUCAAAAAUGGUACCACAUCGGGUGUGUCGGUGCCACUGAAGCGGUGGAAAAAGAAGAUGAAUGGAUAUGUUCCGAGUGCCGUGGGUCCGGUACUGCUGCGGAAGAGGUAGAUCCCGACCGCGAAGACGAAGAGAUUGCAGCUGCAAUGAAAGCGUUGGAACAGCAGAGGGAAAAGUUAAAGAAGAAUCAGGCUCAGAAGCUUAAGCUGGCUCAAAUGCAGUUAGACCUGGAACGAGAGAGGUCGGAAAUGCGGUGGGAUACAGAAAAGAAGAUUCUGGAGAUGAAAAUUAAGGCAGAGACAGAUUUUAAUAAUAAACGGGAAUCCGAGCGUCAGAAGUUACAGCAGGAGUUAAAACAGCUCGUCGGAAAGCGAUCCCAAGAGGAAAAGGAGCGAAAGAAGAGUUCGAAGAAGUCCGAUGCCGUCGGGAAAAAAGAGGAUAUGGUGAAUCCUAAAGCGUUCUGCGACAACAACGUGAACCAUUCGACUCCUAUUCCGUUAGCUGGACCUUCGGGGUUGAGUAUCGGCAAAAAACAUCCCAAACAUGGAGGAGCACUGACGCCGGCUAAAGCCCAAACCGGUGAUAGCAGCACUUCCGAAUCGGAAUCCAAUAACAGCAGUCGUUCCGAGACGGAGUCUGAUGAAGAGGAAACCGAAAGGAAAGGUAAGCGUGACAUCGCUAGGAUUGGACCGACCAAGGCGCAGUUGACAGCACGCCAGUUCUUGUCCCGCAAGCUUCCAACGUUUACCGGGCGGCCAGAAGAGUGGCCCAUGUUUUUCAGCAGUUAUCACACGUCCACCGAAGCAUGUGGGUUUUCCAAUCUGGAAAAUUUAGCCCGUCUUCAAGAGUGCUUGAGGGGUGCAGCCAGAGACGCAGUUUGCAGUCGCCUUUUGUCACCGGAUGCUGUGCCCCAAGUAAUGGAGACGCUCCGUAUGCUUUACGGACGCCCCGAGCAGCUUCUGGAUACACUUUUAGCGAAAGUACGGAAGGCCGAUCCGCCGAAGUCGGACAAGUUGACGUCGUUCAUCACCUUCGGGGUGCUCGUCCAACAGCUUUGCGACCACCUCGAAGCAUCGAAAUUGGAGGACCACGUGAAAAACCCUAUGCUCAUCCGUGAGCUAGUAGAAAAACUGCCGGCGACUACGAAAAUUGAUUGGGUACGGUACAAGCGGCAAACAGCGACGGUGACACUGCGUACUUUGGCAGAUUUUUUGUCCGAUCUAGUAUCCGCUGCAAGCGAAGUGGUCGACUACUCCGAUACGUCGGCUCAAAUCAGAGGUGGUAAAAUGGGGAAAGCGAAGAAUGCCACGAAUAAGGAACAGGAGAGCUACGUCUACACACAUGGUGGAUUCGACGGUACCGGUGAAAUAAAUAAGCAAGGUCGAACACCCUGCGUCAUGUGCAGACAAACAAAUCAUCGCUUACGUAAUUGCGAGAACUUCCGCAAGCUCAGUGUGCCACAACGGAAGAAAGCGGUGGAUAAAUGGGAACUAUGCCAGAUAUGCCUCAAUGCUCACGGAAAAGCGAAGUGUAAGCUGAAUAUUCGCUGUACAGUGGGAGAUUGCUCAGAGCGUCACAACAGCCUACUACAUCCUGCCGAGGCUCAGUCGAACUGUAACACCCACAACGUUUUCAACAAGAAUUCGAUUCUUUUUAGGAUGGUGCCGGUUCGGAUAUUCAACGGGGACAAGAGCGUUACGAUAGUCGCGUUCCUAGAUGAAGGAUCGUCAUAUUCACUGGUCGACAGUUCGUUGGCUAGGAAGCUGCAAUGCAACGGUACUACUCAGCCGCUACGUAUCUCCUGGACCGCUGGGGUCUCUAGAUUGGAAAAAGAUUCACAGCGAUUACGGUUGACGAUCGCAGCGUGCGGUUCAAACGAAAAAUUCAUUUUGCGAGAUGUGUACACCGUGAACAACCUAAAGUUGCCAGCACAGUCCAUGAGUUUUGCUGACGUGGCCGGAAAAUAUCGACAUUUAGAAGGAUUACCUGUAGCCGAUUAUGCCCCGUCUCCACCGAUGCUUCUGAUUGGGCUCAAACACAUCGAAAUAUUCGCCCCGUUGGAAUCGCGCAUCGGUCAACCAGGCGAACCGAUUGCAGUCCGUUCCAAACUCGGUUGGUCGAUCUACGGGCCACAAGGGUCAAUCACCGGUGAAGGUUUUGUGGGACAACACUCGUGUGCCGGGUUGUCAAACGAAGAGUUGCACGAUCUUCUCAAGUCGCAGUACGCUCUCGAAGAAAAGGGAAUUUCGGUUGAGAUGCUGCCAGAAUCGGAGGAGGACAGAAGGGCACGAGACAUUUUGGAGGAAAGGACAGUUCGUAUCGGCGAUGGCUUUAUGACCGGAUUGCUUUUCAAAGAAGAAAACCCCACGUUUCCGGACAGUCUACCGAUGGCGUUGCGGCGCAUGAAGAGUUUGGAGAAAAAACUGUCAACGAACCCACAAUUGGAAGUGGCAGUAAAGCAACAAAUUGUGCAGUACCUGGAGAAGGGCUACUGUCAUAAAGCGACGAAGGAGGAGUUAAAUUCUGCUGAUCCAGAAAAGUGUUGGUACUUGCCGCUGAACGUCGUCGUCAACCCAAAGAAAAAUAAAGUUCGCCUUGUAUGGGACGCGGCGGCGGAAGUAAACGGGGUGUCACUUAACUCCAAAUUAAUGAAAGGACCGGACUACUUAACGUCGUUACCGUCCGUAAUAGUCAAAUGCCGGGAACAUCUCGUCGGGUUUGGAGGUGACAUCCGCGAGAUGUUUCACCAGCUUAAGAUCCGGCCGGAGGACAGGCAGGCCCAAAUGUUCGUGUACCAGAACGAAAUCUACGUGAUGGACUGUGCGAUAUUCGGCGCUAGCUGCUCUCCUAGCAUGGCGUUGUACGUAAAGGACAAAAAUGCUCGAGAUUUCGCCGACCAGUUCCCCGAAGCAUACGAAGCGAUCGUCCACAAACACUAUGUGGACGAUUACUUUGAUAGCACUGACACCGUUGAAAAGGCAGUCCAGAGAGCGAGUGAGGUAAGAUUUGUGCAUUCUAAAGGGGGCUUCGAAAUCAAGAGUUGGGUAUCCAACUCCCCCAUUUUCCUGGAGCGCAUGGGGGAAACGGAAAAUAAGGAGGCAAUUCACAUUGAUUCGGCCAACCCCGAACGAGUCUUGGGUAUAGUUUGGGACACAAGAGACGACGUUUUCACGUUCACAACGAAGAUGCGUGACUCGUUGUUACCGUAUUUAUACGACGAACAGGUGCCUACAAAGCGUGUAGUGCUUAGCUGCGUCAUGAGUCUUUUUGACCCUCUAGGACUACUGGCACCGUUCACCUUCUAUGCGAAGGCGCUGAUCCAAAUUCUGUGGCGAAUGGGCUGUGAGUGGGAUCAAGUCAUCGAAGGCGAAGCACUCGAAAACUGGAAAUUGUGGACGGGUCACUUAGCUGAUGUUGAGGCGGUGCAAAUUCCUCGGUACUACUUCGGCGAUGGGUUAUCUCUCGACUACUCAACGUUGCAACUACACAUUUUCGCAGACGCAAGCGAAAAGGCAUACGGAUGUGUAGGCUAUUUUCGCAUCCUGGCUGGUGGUAUCCCUCGGUGUGCGCUGGUACAGGCGAAAUCAAAGGUCGCUCCGAUCAAACAAGUGUCGAUCCCCCGGAUGGAACUGAUGGCAGCCGUCUUGGGAUGUCGUCUGGCAGACACAAUCAAAGAGAAUCACAGCUUGACAGUAACGCAAGUUUUCUAUUGGACGGACUCCCGCACCGUGCAGUCAUGGAUUGUCUCCGACCAACGGAAAUAUAAGCCGUUCGUGGCAUUCCGGAUCGGGGAGAUCAUCAGCCGGUCACAGCCAUCGGAAUGGCGUUGGCUGCCAACCAAGUUAAAUGUAGCAGACCAAUUGACCAAGUGGAACAAAGGCCCACAGCUGGUUUCUUGGUUCCGGGGUCCACAGUUCUUGUAUGGACCAGAGUCUGAGUGGCCGCAGCAUCGAUCCACGAAACCGAAUGUAGAGGAAGAGAUGCGAACGGCGUUUUUGUUACACGACAUCGAAGUACAAGCUCAGUUAGUGGACGUGUCCAGAUUUUCCAAGUGGAACGUGCUCGUCAGAACGCUGGCAUGUGUGAAGAGGUUUAUCGACAAUCUACGGACCAAGAGGCUAGGAAAGGCUAUCGAAACAGUUCCAGCAUCAACGAACGUCAAAGCGUUGGUCAUGACGAAGUUGCAGACGAUCGUGAAACCAUUGACCCGUGAGGAGUAUCAAGUGGCAGAGAGAGCGCUGUUGAAGCUUGCUCAGGUUGAAGCGUUCCCGGACGAGGUUAGAGUUUUGCUGAAGAGUCGUCGCACAGAGGGAUCAACUGGAGUCAAACUCGAGAAGAGCAGUCCUCUCUACAAAGUUUCGCCGAUGUUAGAUGAGUUCGAUGUGAUUAGAAUGGAAGGAAGAUUAUCAACAGCUGAGUUUCUUCCGUUCGAACUGCGUUUCCCGAUAGUACUACCGAAGGGCCACCAUAUCACGCGGAAACUUCUGGAACACUACCAUCAAAAGCUCGGCCACGCAGGACGAGAGACGGUCACUAACGAAGUGCGCCAGAGGUUCUAUAUACCACAUCUUCGAGCCGAAGUCAGGAAGGUGAUGGACAGUUGUAUGAGGUGCAAAACUAGAAAAUGCAAACCGGAAGCACCAAGGAUGGCACCGUUACCUGUGCAACGCGUAACUCCCAAUCGUCGUCCGUUCAGCUUUACUGGGGUGGACUUCUUCGGUCCUUUGCAGGUUACCGUUGGUCGGCGUGUAGAGAAGCGAUGGGUGGCAUUGUUUACCUGCCUUGUCACAAGAGCAAUCCACCUAGAAGUAGCCCAUAGUUUGUCAAGCCAGGCAUGCUUGAUGGCGAUCCGGCGUUUUGCGUGUCGAAGAGGAAUGCCAACGGAGUUUUUCUCAGACAAUGGGACGAACUUCGUAGCGGCGAGUAAGGAGGUGAUGAAGAACAUCGGUAUGAGCUGUAGCGAAGUAUUCACGGAUGCGAGGACGAGGUGGAACUUCAAUCCACCAGCAGCCCCCCAUAUGGGCGGGGCUUGGGAACGACUGGUGCGAUCAGCGAAAGAAGCGUUAUCAGCGAUGAACGACGGGCGAAAGCUGACAGACGAGGUAUUGCUGACGGUUCUGGCCGAGGCUGAAGACGCGAUCAACUCGAGACCGUUGACAUACAUGCCGCAGGGGACGGAUACAGAGGAAGCAUUGUCACCCAAUCACUUCCUUCGCGGCUACCCUCCAGGUGGCACAGAAUCGUAUGUUGUUUCAGCGAGCGAAGCGGAAGCGUUGAAGGACAGCUAUAAGCGGUCCCAGUUGUUAUCGGACAAGCUUUGGCAACGGUGGUUGUUGGAGUACUUACCGUAUAUUAACAAGCGGACCAAGUGGUACGACAAUCAAAAACCGAUCGAGCCUGGUGCCGUAGUUUACCUUGCAGACAACGAGAAUAGAAAGACGUGGAUUCGAGGAAUCGUGGAGAAGGUUAUCGAGGGCAUCGACGGGCGCGUUAGGCAAGCGAUAGUGCGGACAACCAAGGGUGUCUACAAACGCCCGGUAGCUAAGUUGGCGGUGCCUGAAGUAGGAGAGCGUAAAACUGGUUCUAGUGGUGGACCCUCACCAGAAUUACGGGGCGGGGCUGUUGCGGCACCACUGGCAACCCUACCGGAGGUGAGAAGCGCUCCUGAACAGUGA